UUUUUUUUUUCUCUCUCUCUCAAAGUUCAAAUUCCGCCAUGAAAGCACCUUCCAAGCUAUGCGCAAAACCUUGACAAAAUCUCACCAAUCUUCAUGUAAAUCACCCAUUCUCUUCCUCUGAACUUCGUUUCUGAUACCAGAUGGGCUCUCUCCUUCCGUUUCAGGAUCUCAAUCUUCUCCCUGACGCUCCGUCGUCGGCGACCGGAGCCAUCGCCUUGAAGGUUCCCAAACUUGAGCCGAAGACCGAGCCGUUUGAUGAAACGUUUGCAUCUCAGCUCCACGAACCCCAAACGCACCAGCUCCAAGAGGCGCAAGUUCCUCAGGACCCGUUCUUCCCUAACCUGAGCCCUAAUUCUCAGCAGCAGCAGCUCGCGCUUUUCUCGGAGCAAGGAUUCGGCCAUUCGCCUAUCUCCCAGACCUCCGCCAUGUCCUCCGACGAGAACAAUGUCUACUCGGAGUUCCACCGGAUUUCGGAGCUCUUCAGGACCGCUUUCUCGAAGCAAAACGGCGGCGCCCUUCCCGACUCCCACCCGGAUUCGCGAGCAAUCGUCCCCGUUCCGGAGCAGAACCAGGUUGCAGAGGUCAUUAUUCCUCGGAAGCGGACUCAGAGAUCGGCGGAGCUCGUCCGCGUCACGAAUCUGGGAAUCGAGGACGAGAGGUACUUCCGAAAUGUCGUGAGGAGGACGAGGAUGACUUUCGAUUCGCUUAGGGUUCUAUCGGCGGCGGAGGAGGAGAAGAAGCAGGGCCUGGGGCUGGGUACGAGGCGGAUGCGAGGCGAUUUAAGGGCUUCUUCGGUCAUGAAAGACCGCGAUUUGUGGCUCAACAGGGACAAGAGGAUCGUCGGCUCGAUCCCCGGCGUUUACAUUGGGGAUUUGUUCUUCUUCAGAAUGGAAUUGUGCGUCGUUGGGUUGCAUGGUCAGGUCCAAGCUGGAAUUGACUAUGUCCCCGCGAGCCAGAGCUCCAAUGGCGAGCCUAUUGCGACCAGUGUCAUCGUUUCGGGCGGGUACGAGGACGACGAAGAUGCCGGUGAUGUGAUAAUCUAUACAGGCCAUGGUGGGCAGAACAAGUUCAACAAACAAUGUUGUCAUCAGAAGCUGGAAGGUGGGAAUCUUGCCUUGGAGAGGAGUAUGCUCUAUGGGAUUGAGGUAAGGGUUAUAAGAGGAAUCAAGUACCCUGGUAGUAUUACAGCUAACGCUAAGGUUUAUGUUUAUGAUGGCUUAUAUAGGAUAAUGGAUUGUUGGUUUGAUGUGGGAAAGUCUGGUUUUGGUGUUUAUAAGUAUAAAUUGGUGAGAAUUGAUGGGCAACCUGAGAUGGGUAGCUCUGUUCUCAAGUUUGCUACGAGUCUUAGGACUAAGCCAUUGGCGUUGAGGCCUGUGGGUUAUCUUAGUUUGGAUAUCUCGAGGCAGAAGGAGAAUUACCCGGUUCUGCUUUUCAAUAAUAUAGACUCUGACCAGGAGCCUUUGUACUAUGACUAUCUUGUGAGGACUGUGUUCCCUCCGUUUGCAUAUCACCAGUCGGGGAAUGGGACUGGGUGUGAGUGCACUUCAAGUUGCGCGGAGGAUUGUUUUUGUGCUAUGAAGAAUGGUGGCGAGUUUGCUUAUGAUAGUAAUGGGCUUCUCUUGAGAGGCAAGCCUGUGGUAUUUGAAUGUGGACCAUUCUGCCGUUGUCCACCACAGUGUCGCAAUAGGGUCACGCAACAUGGGCUGAAGAAUAGACUGGAGGUGUUUAGAUCGAUGGAAACGGGUUGGGGAGUUAGGUCGUUGGACUUGAUACAUGCCGGUGCUUUUAUAUGCGAGUAUACUGGGGUUGUGCUCACAAGGGAACAGGCGCAUGUCAUUUCAAUGAAUGGUGAUAACUUGGUUUAUCCACAGCGGUUCUCUGAUAGAUGGGCCGAAUGGGGGGAUUUGUCUCAAAUAUUUGCGGACUAUGUACGUCCAGCAUAUCCCCCAGUGCCACCUUUGGAUUUUGCGAUUGAUGUGUCGAAAAUGAGGAAUGUUGCUUGUUAUAUGACCCACAGUUCAAGUCCUAAUGUUAUGGUGCAGUUUGUGCUAUAUGACCACAACAAUUUAAUGUUUCCGCACCUGAUGUUGUUUGCAAUGGAAAACAUCCCUCCUCUGAGGGAGCUCAGUCUUGACUAUGGUGUGGCUGAGGAAUGGACACCAAAACUUUCUAUCUGUAACUAAGUAAUUUUAAAGGGCAUGAUGUAGUUUUGAAUAUUCGGUGGAGUUAUGGAGACGUGAUUAACAGAGAUUGGACUCUUACUAUAUGUUAUAUGAAGCUUUUUGACCCGGCUUCCUGGAUUUUCUGGUCCUCAACCUUUUCGGAUGUUGGGUGCUUCCAAGUGUAAAAAAGCGCCCAAGAUCAAAUGUUCCAGUCACCGAAGAAAAGUGGAGAAAGAAUGCCCUUUUGUUCCAUUUCAGGAAUUAGAACGAAGCAUUUGUGCAUCCAAAGAGGACCAGUCAGCCAGGAGCCUUGGGAAGCAUGUAGGCCUAACUUAUAUUAGACUUUUCUUUUUUGAAUUCUUUCAGCUUGUAUUGUAUAUAUGAAAGUCCAAAACUAAGUAAAACUUGUAUAGAAACUGAAACUGAUGUGUUUGUGUAAAAACCAUCUUUCUGAUGCCCUGCGUUUUUUUUUUUUUU